AUGGGCCAUCAUCAUCAUCAAACCAGUCCCGCUCGGUCCUCAUGGAGGCCACCAUCCCUCAAGAACGCCAGAUCGUUUCUAAUCAAGCUGGUCCACUCGCAACACACCUCACCCCACAAAGCAGACGAACCGCCCCAAGAAGAACCGCCUCAGGAGGAAUCUCCGCUCGAUGAGCUUCAGCCAGAUGGUCCGCCAGAUAACAGGAUAAACAGCAACCUGCCCCCCGCCUACGAAGUUGCAGUCCAGACGCCUUCUCACUUGCCAGCUCGUGAUCAGAUACUGAUAGGCGCAUCAGAUCAUCAGCAAGAACGACUGAGAUCCCCUUCGAAUGGGAGGAGAUCUAAAAUGAUCGAACCGACGAGUUGUGGCAGUCCUCGUGCGAAUCUAUCAACCCAUCUUCGCUUAUCAUCGAUCCAGCCCUCCAGCUCGUCGAUCCCAACUCCACCGAACCGCGAAGACACGGAGAGUAUCGAGUUCAUGGACGACCGAAGACGGCUGAGGCCCAGCUCCAGCAGACAAAGCUGUAGUAGCAGUAACCCGCGCCCAACCAAGAGAGCGAUGACCCACAAAUUCUUCAAAGCCUCGUCGAUCGGCUCGCUCAACUUACAUCAAAAUCCCACCUCUGGACGCUCAAUCUCGCGCAGAGAUAGAGAGCUGAUCGCCGCCAAAAAGUCGUUACCUAUCUUGACUAAAUUCGGCAAACCGAGCACCACUCAUAAGAAUGCACCUCUCCUUUGA